AGUCCUACUCACUCCGAGGCUCCAUCACAAUUUCACCAAACUCGAGGGACCAACCCGUAAAAAUCACAUCUCCUCCUCCCACAGUUCCACUAUAAAUGCUCAGUGUCCGAAUUGGGCAUGAAUCUCUGCGUUUGCUUUGUGUCUCCGGAAUCAUCACUACUAGAAGAGAACAGCUCAAAAGGCUCGAAGCUUUUCCUUCGAAUCAACUCAAUCAGGUAUAUUCAGGAUUCCACAUUUUGAUCAUCCCUGUGUGCUCAGUCAUAGUUAUCGCACAUUCGCGUCACUUGUUUCCGUUCUUCGAUCCGCGAAUGCGUUCGUCUUUGAGGUGGAUCGAGAAACUUGUUUUUGAUCGCAUGUCACGUACUCCCUCGAGAACUUGUGUUCGAUUGGAUCCGUGUUCGGAUAUCAUUCAGUAGCCUGAAAAGAGGUGGAGGAUUGUCAGUGACGAAGUUCAAAUAUUUAUGAGAAUACUUUAAGAGCUUCCUUUUGUUAGGAAUUGUUAGAUGGAUUCUAAGUCAGUUGUAGAUAUGAUAGAGUCUUCUUCAGGAGUUCAUUUUUCUGGAUUUCACUUAGAUGGUUUGGAGGCAAGAAACUCAGAGACAGAGCAGCCAACGACUUCUGCCACAGAACAUGUGCAUAAACAACCUUUUGUCAUUGGAGUUGCUGGGGGUGCAGCUUCUGGGAAGACUACAGUUUGUGAUUUGAUUAUUGAACAGCUUCGUGACCAACGUGUUGUUCUUGUGAACCAGGAUUCAUUUUAUCACCAUUUGACUUCAGAGGAGCUGACACGAGUUCAUGAGUACAACUUCGAUCAUCCUGAUGCAUUCGACACUGAGCAGUUAUUAUGCUCUAUGGAUAAGUUGAAGCAUGGGCAAGCAAUAGAUGUUCCAAAGUAUGAUUUUAAGAGUUACAAGAAUUUGUUUCCAGCUCGAAGGGUCAAUCCUUCAGAUGUGAUAAUUUUAGAAGGCAUACUUGUUUUCCAUGAUCCUCGUGUGCGAGAGUUGAUGAAUAUGAAGAUAUUUGUUGAUACAGAUGCCGAUGUGCGCCUGGCAAGGAGAAUAAGGCGUGACACAGUUGAGAAGGGUAGAGAUAUCAGUGUAGUUCUUGAUCAGUAUUCGAAAUUCGUGAAGCCUGCUUUUGAUGACUUUAUACUUCCAACAAAGAAGUACGCAGAUAUCAUCAUUCCGCGCGGAGGUGAUAAUCAUGUGGCAAUAGAUUUGAUUGUGCAACAUAUUCGCACAAAACUUGGACAACAUGAUCUUUGUAAAAUACACCCCAAUCUAUAUGUUAUUCAAUCAACUUUUCAGAUUCGGGGCAUGCAUACACUUAUACGUGAUUCUCAAACAACAAAACAUGACUUCGUUUUUUAUGCUGACCGAUUGAUCCGUUUGGUUGUUGAGCAUGGGCUGGGGCAUCUUCCAUUUACAGAAAAGCAGGUGAUCACUCCAACUGGGUCUGUAUAUACUGGAGUGGACUUCUGUAAAAGGUUAUGUGGUGUCUCUGUAAUUCGAAGUGGCGAGAGUAUGGAGAAUGCAUUGCGGGCAUGUUGUAAAGGUAUUAAGAUUGGGAAGAUUCUUAUUCACAGGGAAGGUGACAAUGGUCAGCAGCUAAUCUAUGAGAAACUUCCUAAAGACAUCUCAGACAGGCAUGUGUUAUUGUUGGAUCCUAUCCUGGGAACAGGGAAUUCAGCUGUUCAAGCUAUUUCUUUGCUGAUAAGUAAAGGUGUACCGGAGUGCAAUAUCAUAUUUCUUAAUCUCAUUUCUGCACCUCAGGGAGUUCAUGUGGUCUGCAAGAGCUUCCCCCGAAUAAAGAUUGUUACUUCUGAGAUAGAUAUUGGUUUAAACGAAGAUUUCCGUGUCAUCCCCGGCAUGGGUGAGUUUGGAGAUCGAUAUUUUGGCACGGAUGAUGAUGACCAGCUGGAGGAGGUGGUGGCUCGUGUGUUAUAACAGAGUGAGAGGUGUGCUGUUUGUUCCAAACUGUCAAUUUCCAAAUGGUCGUCUGCAGAAGGAAAAUGAGCUGGACUUCAAUAUAUGUUAAGCUGGACAUUUUGUUCUCAACUUAAAAUAUCAAUCUCCUUUUAUUAUUUCUUCCUGGAAUUUUUUGAGGCAUAUAAUAUAUAUUUGGGGGGUAUGAUAUUUGGGUAGUGAGCUUUUACAGGUGGUGGGGACCAAUUUUUUAAUAUUUCAUGUCUUGUCGGCAUGCUUUUGUCUUUUGAUCUCUUAUGCAUCACUGUACUCUUCCCCCUUUAAAUAUUGAUUUUGUUCGAGUCAGAAUUUUGGCGUGGAUCUGGCGCACAA